CGUCACUUCAAAUCAAAAUAAAAAAUAUAAUGUGACUUGACUUUAUCGCCAAUAAUAAAAAAAAUAGAAAAAAAAAAAAAUGUUGUUGGUCUUCCUGUAUUUGAUUUUUAAAUGUAAAAUGCGUAUGGCAGCUGAGCACGCAGCGUGUUUAAUAUACGGUUUCGAAGUCUCCACUGAGAACUGUACAUUAGCAAUGAAAUUAUUACAUGAUGCUGGUCUAGAGCCAGUUACAAUUGUCAAUGGCGACCCUACACUAGCUGUUGCUAUUUCGACGACAAAAAUCAAUAUGGAGCCUUGGAGGUUUAAUCGCCUGAUCUCACUCAACACCACGCCAGCAAAAGUAUCCCCUUCCACCGACAGUAGAACGACAAGCAGCAUCAAUGAUGUAAGUUCAAUCGCGCUUUCGCGCUCAGGUGUCCUUGAUUUGUGUAAACAAAUCCUGACAUUGAAUGCCAUACCUUACAUAACUGAGAGCCUGUUCUUGGGGGAGGAGGAAGUUUAUAACAUCAUCAAGGCAUAUUUUCCUGAAGAUGAUUUAAAAACAACAGAUUUGGUGGAAUGGAUAGGAAAGGAUGGGUCUUGGGGACCUACGAAGCGACAAUUACGUAAUUUUACCUGGGCAGAUAUCACCAAUGUACAACAGUAUAGGAAAAAUGUCAGAGCCACCGCUUCUACUAUAUGUACAAUUGGAUACUGUAGAAAAAGCAAGACCAAGGAA